AUGCGUAUGGCCUUCUCUGUAAACAUCAUGCGAUCUGCCAAGGAUACUAAGAGGUCAGGUCAUGCGCGAAACGAGUCUGGUUUGGCCGUCGCGCUGCCGCUUGAGCGGCUCUGCGUGGCAGCCGGCUGUCCUGAUUCUGAUCGUCAUCGCAAGCUCCCAAAAAAACACAACAUGGCUUUCGAAUGGCUUGCACCAAUUCUCACGCCCGCCGCCUUACGCUCUGUGCAAGCCGAUGGCCGGCCAGUCAUCACACUUUUCCUCGUCAUCUUCGGCCUCUCAGUCUUUGGUGUCCUGAUAUGGUACGUCCACUUCGUCACAUCUAAGAUGUAUCCGAAGAAGAAGGACCCGAAUGCAAAGAAGGGCCCGUUGCUCGGCUUCAUCAAGCGAUAG